AUGGAUGAAGAAUACGAUGUUGUCAUUCUCGGAACUGGCCUUACCGAGUGCAUUCUUUCUGGUGUCCUUUCCGUUCAGGGCAAAAAGGUCCUUCACAUGGACCGAAACUCGUACUACGGCGCUGAAGCUACUUCCAUGACUCCUCUUGAUCAACUUUACCAAAAGUUCGGCGAGGAAAAAGCUCCCGAGACCAUGGGCCGUGGUCGAGAUUGGAACGUCGACAUCAUCCCAAAGUUUCUGAUGGCCGAUGGAAAGCUCGUCCAGAUGCUCAUCUUCACCGACGUCACUCGAUACCUCGAAUUCAAAGUCUGCGAGGGCUCUUACGUCCUUCAAGGAAGCAAGGUCCACAAAGUCCCUGCUUCUGAGACUGAAGCUCUCUCAUCCGGCCUCAUGGGCAUGUUCGAAAAGCGACGAUUCCGAAAGUUCCUGAUCUUCACCAAUGAAUUCGAUGAGAACAAUCCUUCUUCAUGGCAGGGCGUUGACCCACGAAGCACUCCCAUGAGCGCUGUUUAUCAAAAGUUUGGCCUCGACGCAAACACUCAGGACUUUGUUGGACACGCCAUGUGCUUGUACAGAACUGAUGACUACCUUCUCAAGCCAUGCGGGGAAGCCAUCAAAAAAGUCAAGCUCUACGCCUCUUCUUUGAGCAGAUAUGGCAAAUCCCCAUACUUGUACCCACUCUACGGUCUUGGCGAACUUCCCCAGGGCUUCGCUCGUCUCUCUGCAAUCUACGGAGGAACUUACAUGCUUCACAAGCCUGUUGAAAAAGUCGAAGCCAAGGAUGGUGCUGUCUUCGUCACUUCUGAGGGAGAGACGGUCAAGGCCAAGCAGGUUAUUGGCGACCCAAGCUACUUUACCGACCGAGUCGAGAAGAAAGGCGUUCUCGUUCGAGCCAUCUGUAUCCUAAACCACCCUAUCCCCGGUACCAAUGACUCCGCUUCCUGCCAAUUCAUCCUUCCCCAAAAGCAAAUCGGUCGAAGACACGAUAUUUACAUCUGCUCCGUGUCAUCUGCUCAUAACGUCGCCCCCAAGGGCAAAUGGCUUGCCUUCAUCUCCACAACUGCUGAGACGGCGAAUCCACAAGGCGAAUUGGAAGCUGCGUUCGCUAAAUUGGGACCAAUCGAGAAGAAAUUCGUCUACACCCAAGAUGUCUUCCAUCCUAAGGCUGAUCUUCCCGCUGAUAAUAUCUUCGUUACAAAAUCGUAUGAUGCUACUACACACUUUGAAACUACGUCUGAAGAUAUUAUGAGAGUGUACAAGGAAGUUACCGGAAAAGACUUCGAUUUUUCCGCCUGUAAACGAACUAUUGAAGACACCAUUGAAGGAUAA